AUGGGAUGUGGCCAAAUAAAGAAGGGAGAUCCGUUUAUAUCAAAUUUAUCUGAAUUGCGACCGAGAGUGAUCCCUCAAGAAAAUGCAUCAGGGAGUGAGCAAGACAAUGUAAAUUGCCAAAAUGUCUAUCAUAUAGAAGAUCUUAAUAGUUCGAUACUCAAAGAAAAAAUGCGUGAUGUGAGGGUGAAACACAUUCAUUAUAAUGCUUUUGAUUUAAACAACGAAAUUUCUCUUAUUAAACAAAAAUAUAUUGGGUUAGCAUCAGUAAGGGAAUCUUUUUUUUCUCAAUGUCAUGCACAGUGUAUUAAAGAUUUUAAAGUUUCAGAUGGAAUUUUUAUUAUGCUACUAAUUACCCCGAUACGUUAGCGAGCAAAAAAAUUUUGUUUGCUUAUUGAGGGAGACUAAUUUUUUUUCGAAAUUAAAAAAUAUCCAAAUUCGCAAAAAUUGGAAUUCAAAUAUUUUAUUUAAUUUGUAAAAAUUUAUGUUUUAAAAUGCAAUUUGUUUAUUAUUAAAUAUAAUUAGCUAGAGAUUUCAUUAUGCUAAUUAUCAUUUAUGUAUCAAAAAUUUUUGUUCUCCCAAGGGGGGGGGUUUUUGGGCAAAAACAGAGAUUUUUCCAAUGGUUUUGUUCGCUUACAGAGGGGGAAUAAGCAUUUAUGCUUCUGAUCCAUCAGCUCUUGCCAGUAUAAAACCUUCACAAAAUCCACCGUACAUAACUGUUAUUAAAGAACAUCUAAGCCAAGACUCAAGAAAUAUUGUAGUCGCUUGGGAACAUUUAGCAGAGAAAAUGAAAGAGCUUAAAGAAACUUAUGCAGGAAUUCCAAUUAUACGAAAAAGGAUGCAGCAAGCAAGACUUACACUAGAAAAUUAUUUAUUACAUAUUAAAUCAAAUCUCUAUUUUACCCUUAUAUAUGUGCCUAUUUUGUAAUUAAUUAAAAUCCUAUUACAGGGAUAUUUUAAUAUAAAUCAAUCAAGCCCAGUAUAGUUGAAAUUGAUAAUUCUGAUCCACCUCGAGGUGAAUUAGUUGCUUUACAAAUUAAUCAAAACUUAGCUGAAGAAGGUAUAACAUAUAUAAAUAAGCUAGAUGUAGAAACUGAUAGGCUACACGAUGAUAUUAAAGAUUUUGUGAAAUCUAAAUUCAAUAAAGAAGAAGUCGCGAAUUUAGGAAAAGAAGCAAUUUUGCUUAGUGCGUACACAGGAGACAAAAUUUUGCAUCAUGUUGUGGCUCCACAAAUAUAUACUUGUCUUAGCAUGGUGGGUGCAUACAAAUUUAUUAAAAAUUUAGCUUUAUGAUAUUAAAAAAAUUAGCAUUUAUAAUAAAAAUUGCCAUAA